AAAAAGGUCCAAGACCGAAGACAGUUGAUAGAGAAAGCUCUAAGAAAUCGCAACAUGAAGUUCACACUUUUCGCUCUGCUUGUCGCCGUCUGCGUGUUCAGCACCAAUGCUGGCACCUGGCAGCCUCUGAACAUGUCCCCAGAUGUGGGCACACAAUUCGAGAUCGAUGAGUUCGAGAAUCUCGAUACUGAGGCCGAUUUCUUCCUCUUCAAUGGCGUCUAUUAUGCUAUUAAGGUCGCACUUCGCAGCGUCAAGGGCUUCAACUGCCUCAUUAAGUGGGUGGUUGGCAUUAAAGCCAGCGCUCUGCAAUACAGCUCCGAUAUUAUUGCCUGCGGUGUUACUGCCAACCAGGAUGUGACCAAUCUGAUCAAUGCCAAUCUGAAAAUCAUCUCCACUGCCAACAACAUCAUCAACCUGAAGUCAAACAUUUGCGCCGGUGCUGAUGAGUCAAAGCCAGUCACCAAAUGCGUUGUGAAGACUCUGUACCAAGUGUUCCAGCUGUACAAACAGGUCAAAUCCGCCGUCAAGCUGGCCAAGAAAAUCCCAACCACCGGACCCAAUGCUGUCCAGUGUGUGACCGAUGCCACCACCACCCUCACCAACUACUACACACAGUUCCCUAGCAACAUCAAGUCCUGCUCGAAACUCACCUCCUAAACAGUGAUAUCUUAUCUGCUUCCAAUUAUUUUUUUUUUUAAUUAAUAUUCAAUAAAUAUUAAUUACUGCAAUACAACAC